UGACACAGAUGCGAAAAGGCAAACAAAACGGAAUCGCGGUUUGCGUCACAACAUAAACAGAAUUUUGCGCAAUUUUAAUCGAUUUCGCAAUCAAUAAACCAGCAAAAGCCGUGUUUUCUAGAAGGUUUCCGCUUUGAUUUCGCGCGAGUGCAUAAAUUAGAAGCUUCUGUGUUGCGUCGUAAUGAAAAUUGAUAUCCAUCCUCUGACGGAGGAUCCCACAAAGGCAUGGAAGGAAAUAUCGAAAAGCCAGCGAGUGAUAAAGAUCAACACGAAGGCUCCCGGAGCGGAAGUUCCCCAGAACAAGGUGAGGGUGGUUUGUAUGUCCGAUACCCACUCCCUGACGCAUCACAUAAAGUUCGACAUUCCCGAGGGGGACGUCUUCAUCCAUGCUGGCGACUUUACCCGGUGUGGCAAGCUGGAUGAGGUCAUAGACUUCAACAAUUGGUUGGAAAAACUACCGCACAAGCAUAAACUGGUCAUAGCAGGGAACCACGAGCUCAGCUUCGACCACACAUUCACCCACCCGUUCCAGAAUGCGAGUGCCUGUUGCAAGAAAACCGGUAGCACUCUGCUGGACGAAAUCCCUACCCUGGGAAAUAGCAAAGAAAGCUUGGCCGAAGCGGUCAAGACGGAGAACAUACGACAAUACCUGAGCAACUGCGUGUACCUGCAGGAUGAAUCGAUCGAACUGUACGGGUUGAAAAUCUACGGUACCCCGUGGCAACCGGAGUUCUGCAAGUGGGCCUUCAACGUGAAACGUGGCCAAGACUGUCUGGACAAGUGGGAGAAAAUUCCGGAAAACCUGGACAUUCUAAUCACGCACACACCGCCCGUUGGUCACGGAGAUUUGUGCUGUUCUGGGGUGCGAGCUGGAUGUGUGGAACUGCUGACCACAGUGCAGCAACGGGUCAAACCCAAGUACCACGUGUUUGGGCACGUACACGAGGGCUACGGGAUCACCUCCGAUGGUAAGAUCAUUUUUAUCAAUGCGUCCACCUGUGACAUCAACUAUCUGCCGAACAACCACCCGAUCGUGUUCGAUGUCACCCUGCCGAAGGGGCGCACCAAAGACAAUCUGUAAAAUGGGAUGGCUUAUUGAUAGUUUAUAGAGGAUAUUUAGUAGAAGAACUACGCUUAAAACAGCCGUAAUGCCAUGGAUAAAAGUAUAAACUUUUGUUUGGCAGAUUACUCCUCUAAUAGAUCUAGAUCAUUUCUCGCUAUGAACAACAAAUUUUGUAGUAAUUUAUUACUUUCAAUAUGUAUAUUUCGGUAACCUGGAAUUAUCAAGUUUGCGGAGCCUUAGAACUACAAAAUCUUUAAAUUAUGCUCUUUUGGUUAGAUUUGUAGAUCUUUAUUUUUAAACACUUGCAUGGAUAUAAAGUUAGAUUCGGUUCAAUAGGACUUCGAUUAAGGGGAAAAAUCAUUUUUUGUAAUAGUUUAAAAGAUAGGCUCAAUAAUUCAAUAAGUUCACGAGAAGUACAUAAGCACUCAUUUACAUGAGAUUCUAUAUGAACUUACACGACGACGCUACAUGACACGUUACAUAAAGCUACAAACCUAGAAUUUUACUUUUUCAAUAUUUUAUGCAGCACUAAAUGAUCAAUGCGUACUCAUGACUGUAUUUCAAAAUCUAGUUUUUUUCGGGUCCGUUUAGCGAAUAGAAUUAUUAGUAAUUGAGA